GAUUUUACGAAUGUGGCUAAGUCGUGGGAAGGGGUGACUUCUGUGCGUGUGCACAGAUGACAUGUCGGCGAGGUGAGAGUCUUGAAGCAAAAGUCGCACAGUUGCGAUGCGAUGCGGACGCGAACCGCCUCGUCUUGGACGUUUCCCGGACCGACGGAGGACCGACCGCGGGGGCUGGGGCAGCAGGCCCAGCCAGAGCAGGGCCGGGGGAUAAUCAUUCCCAAGUUAUUGGGAGGGGGGAAGCGAGUCGGCUUCGUGUCGCGAAGUCUCGUACAGGGAAAGUAUAAAAUAAUGGCGCAGAUGCUGUGCUCGUAUGCAGCAAAACGGUAGCGUGAUGGUACGUCAAUUAGGAGGAACACCCUCGUCCUCCUCCUCACACAGUGAGCAAUGCAGCGGGCGAAGCAGCGAGCAGGAGCAGGGGGGGAUGGGAUGGGAUGCCAUGGAACCGUCUCCUAGUGCUGCGACGAAUCCGAAUCCCGAUCCGUUACAUAGGGACAGUGGGCGAAUACUUGAUGGGCAUCCGCCAUAUCAAACACCGCGGAACCGCACCGCUGCAGCUCGUGCGAACAGAUCACAUGUCCAGCCAGACGCGGUGGCCUGAGCUGGUGUCGUGAAAAUUCGGGGCCACGCUGUGGCUGGCGUCGCCCGCCUCUCGUCGCGUCUGUUUGUUGCUCUUUUCGGUUGCGGGUCGGUCGAGUGUUACGUUUCCGAUGGGCGAGGCGACGCGAGGCGAGAAACCGCAAUGUAACGGAUCGAUGAUUUUCAGCCAUCAUCCGAUCAUGCCCUCGAUCCCUCGCCCCCUCAAUCCCUGACCGAGAGUGAAUCGAAUCGACCGACUGACUGACCAGGCAGAGGCAGGGGCAGGCAGGGGGCUCGCCAUGCAGCUUUCGCAAAUGCUGCUGCGGGGCCGUACCGAGAACCUGGCUGUGUGGUGAUUCUCGCUUGUGCUAAGCUAAUCCUAGCCCUAGCAUCACAGCAUCACAGCCCAGCCCCCCGGCCUGACAUGCUGUAAAACUGGGGAUGUACGUAGCGAGCCCCAACCCCCAACCCCCGCGAGCCCCCAGAGUGUAGGAGGACGGUAAACUAUGAUUGUCGCAGCACAAUGUCGGUUGCGGAGGUGGCUCUUCUGCGCUUAGCUCAGCUCUGAGAGUGAGCUGGGGUUCGGCGAGAGCCCCAUGCCCCAUGCCCCCAGCCCCAGGCUCCAGGCGCCCAGAGGCCAGACUCGGUCCUUUCCUCGGUGGAGGAGGCAUCGGGGCCUGUGUGUGAAUCUUGUGAUCCGGUUCGUGAGACAAGCCAACAACCUAGCGGUCACAAGCGGGCUCCCUGGGCCAGGGAGUGGGGGGGAGCGAGGGGGGUAGGGGAGGGUGGGAAUCAUACACCGUGGCGCCUGCACGGGGAGCGACCGCUAGCCCCCGAGAGAGAGGCGAGAGGCGAGAGGCGUCGACGAAGAAGAUUCAGUUCCGUCACUCGUGGAAAGAUCCGCUGGCCUGCCUGCCUGCCUGCCCAACACAGACUCCUUGUGGAAGGGCGUGAGCCCGGUCUCGCCAUAUCUACAUCCACAUCAAUGCAGUAGCAGCAUUCGGUGGGGAGCGAGGCGCAAGCAAGGAUUAGUUACGAUGCAUAUGAUUGACAGGGCGUCGUCCGGUUCGGAGGUUUGAACUUUUCUUCGCCGACACGCAGUGAGUCAGAGCGGCCGAGAGGAAUAGUCAAGCGGCCCUGCGCUCGGCCUGCGACGGUGGAAUGAUUUGCUGUCGCCAUCACAACUGACAUGCAACCCACACUAAAGUUGCAGUUACAGCUCCUGCCCGAAGCUCACAGCUCGCAGCUGCUCCUGCAUCUAGUCUCCUUCUAAACUAACACCGCUAACAACUCCCCCGUCUCUCCCUCCCUCCCUCUCUCUCUCUUUCUCUCCCUCUCCCCCCAGGAUAAGAUCGAGCCGUGGUCGCCCAUGCCUCUCCUCUCUUCCUUUUUCUCGUCUCGAUGCUUAUCUUAGAUCGUUCGUUCCUUCGUUCGUUCCUUCCUGCCUGCCUGCCCCGCCCCGAGCCCGACCUCGGCAGCAAAAGCUGUCACGUAGCUCGGCUCCCACAAAGCACAAUGCCCAUUAAACACCCGUCCCCACAGCAGCUCCCAUAGCCGAGGAAAAGCAACUUCGCAUAUCCAUAGCUGCCGUUGCUGUAUCUGCUGCCGCUGCAGCGGCACCAGCUGCCGAUUCAGCUGACUACAGUUCAGCUGCAGACCACUCAUUUACGUCCGAGCCUUUCCUGACAAGGUUUCGCCCGCCCCCGCCCGCUUUCUUUUUUAUUUUUUCUCGCCCUCUUGCCCCUCUUGAUUUGGGUGGGGUGCCCACAGGUGCCUUCGGAGGUCAAGCCCCGCCUCCCUGACUUUUUCUUCGUGCGCAAGGAAAGCCAGCACAGAAGCAGAUUUAUGUCGAUGUCUAGACUCGGCAUAGUUGUUCAGUCCACCCAUCGCACAGUCUCCUGGGGCCGAGUCCAGCCCGAUCCGGUCCAGUCCGGCUCGGCCCAGGUGUUGUGGGAUCUGAUGGGAUGUGACACCUCGCUAGCGAUGGAAAAUUAUCAUGACCGCGUCUGUUGAAUGCGGAGACUGAGGUAUAAGGACCAGCACCAUCAUCUGCUGCAGCGGGCGGAGAGAGAUGUUCAGACCAGAAGACGUGAAGUCUCUGAUUCCGUUGAGGGUCGCGUUCGCUUUUUGUCAGUUGGGUGACCCUAAUGCUCAUGCACCGGGCACUGCCUACCCCCGCCCCCCACCCCCUCCCCAACCCCCGCCACCCUUUGCCCCAGUAGCGACUCCCCGCAGUCCUGCCUCGCCUCGGAGCCCUCCAUCCCUACGGCUGCUGCUGCCCGCCUGCCCGCCCGCCUUCCUGCUGAGACCGACGUCUGGCCGGCCACGGUCCGGGCGUCUUCGCGGCGCCCGCCCGUUGGUUCGCCUGCCCGCGCGCGUCGCCACAGCCACGGGGGGAGUCUGCGAAUAUUCGCAUCUUCCCGCCUCGCCUCGUCCUCACACGUGUCUCACUACUCGCACGUGUUGAUUCUUUCUUGGACGCAAAGAAACUCCGACGCUCGGGGACUCUCGAGUUUCCCCCUUUUGUUCCCCUCCUCUCCUCCUCGUCCUCCUCGUCCAGCCCCAACCCCCCACCAACGACUGAUUGCAAAACCCCGCCGUGCCCCGUACGAAUGUUCUCCGAGCUCCUCGUCCCGUUCUUCGCGCGGCUAUCCCUUGUGACUAGGGGCGGUCGGCGGUGACAUCUCAAAUCAAUCAGGUUUUUUAUCCGUAAAGAGAGAGAGGUGUCCAGGCCCCAACUUCAGGGUCCGAUUUCAGUAUUUCGAUUUCAGAAAGUUUCUUAUUUCCAAAUACAAAAAUAAGUCUUUGUUAUCUGGUGUCUUUAUUAGAGAAACUAACGAGUGGUGUCGCAAGUUAAUCAGGUUUUUAAUUCGUAAGGAGAGUGAGUGGUGUCGACACUUAUAAAUACAGAAAUAUGGAAUUUCAGGGUCCGAUUGCAGUGUUUCGGCUUUAGAAAGUUUGUUAUUUCCAAAAAAAGAUGUUUUUUAUCCAAGUGUAUUAUAAGAGAAUCUAACUUAGUCAAUAAUUAAGUUUUUAAUUCAUAAGGAGAGAGUGAGUGGUGUCCAAACCCCUAUAAAUAAGGC